GUGGCGCCCCUGGCAAUUCGUUCUAUGCUUCCCGAUGCCCGUUUCACGCGCGGCACCAGAUGAUCGUCUACUUUCGCGGGGAGCCUGAAUAGCCUCAACACCUGGGCUUGCCUUGUAUCUCAAAUCCCCGAAUAAUUAUCUGGCGACUAUUGUGACAGCCCUGGCGACCACCGUGACAUAUACUAUGCCGGCUAUCGUACCGCUAGCCAACGAGGACCCCGGGUCGAAGACCCCGGCCGAUAUGGUGGACAGUGACCAGGAUGCGGAAGGGGAGGAGGAAACGGACCUGUAUCAGAUGGAUCAGCAGCUUCAGGACGCCGCGCACCGCGCUUUCACCGGGGAGGCUGCGGACGAUACUGCGACUGGAGACCUUGGGGAGGAUCAGGACGCAGAAGGGGAGCCGGAUAAUGAGAUGAGUCUGGUCGGAGAUCAGAACGAUACCGAGCCGGUUGGCGCAGUCAAGGUGCCUCAGAAUGGCCAGUCUGCCGACGACGAUGAUGCAGCGUCGGAGGCCGCUGAUGCGGAGGCAGAUCCGGCGUUCGAAAAUCAGAGUGACAGCGACCAGGAGGCGCACCGUUCUUCAUCGAGCAGUCAGGAGUCGGAUGAGGAGUGGGAGGGCGAAAGCAAUGACCACGAAGAUGCGGAGGCGGAGACUACGGUCCGCGGAAACUGCAUAUUUUGUGGGCAAGAUGAAGAUAAUGAUCCGAGUGAGGAGUUUGAGGAAUAUUUGACAUGCGCAGUCUGCGGCGAUCAUUCGCAUCGGCAGUGUGCCCGCGAGCAAAACGCACUAGGCGAUGCAGAAGAUGCCAACCCGUGGAGGUGCCCGACGUGCGUGCGCGAGAAGUUGAAGCCUAGUGCGGAAGAUGGCGCGGCGCCGCAACGGGAAAACAGACAGAAAAACAUGCGCAAGGAGCUCCUGCCGGCUCAUACCGGUGAAGACGGCUCCGAUUUCCAUUCAAUUUUCAACACAGUCACUGUCAACGAAGAACUAUUGAAUAGCUCUCGGUCGCUGCGAAAGAGAAAGACCAUGUCUCUUUCUGCCGAGAUUGAGGAACAUGCGCCGGUCCUUCGCAAACGGCAACGCCAGACACCGCUGCGCUAUGAUCGUGCGGACUCUCGUGAACAGAUGGCUGAGACAGCUGAUGGCAUGUCCCCGGUACGGACUCGUUCGCGACGUACGCGUAGGAACGAGCAGGAGCACUGUCGCGUGGUGUUGAAGCAAUUUGAGCGUCUUGUGAUGGCGUUUCGCGUCAACGAGUCUAAGCUGUCUAAGAUUCUCAAUUCUCGCAGCAGGUCACAGAUGAGAAGCAGAAGGACCCCAAAGCCACCACCCGUCACUCACGAGCCUCAGGCUCACUUUGCACCGAUUACACCCGCCUCAUAUUAUACCCCAUUCUAUUCAUUCAGCGACCGUGAGACCGAUGAGCUAAAGGGCAAGCCGUACGGGGGCAUUCUGACUGAAGCGGAUGCGGAUACCUCCAAGACACUUCCAACACACCUCGACCGCGAAAGGUUCGAAAAGGCCCGCCAAAGAGCGGAGGAAGAGUGGCAAAGACGAGCUCUAGAAGCUGAGAGUACAGGGGAAACUGUACAGCAUGCGUCGCAGAAGGUGUCCGGUCCCCCCUCUAGAAUCAAAUACAUCAACUUUGGCGGCUACGAGAUUGAGACUUGGUACGCUGCACCAUACCCGGAGGAGUACAGUCGCAAUCGCAUUCUAUACAUUUGCGAAUUUUGCUUGAAAUACAUGAACUCAGACUAUGUCGCGUGGCGCCACAAGCUUAAAUGCCCGGCGAAACACCCUCCGGGCGAUGAGAUUUACCGUGAAGGGUCCAUAUCGAUCUUCGAAGUUGACGGACGAAAAAACCCCGUUUACUGUCAGAAUCUCUGCCUGCUCGCCAAGUUGUUCCUGGGUUCGAAGACACUCUAUUAUGAUGUUGAGCCGUUUCUAUUCUAUGUCAUGACGGAGUUCGAUGACUUGGGCUGCCAUUUUGUUGGCUACUUCAGCAAAGAGAAGCGGCCUAGCUCGGCUAAUAAUGUCUCUUGCAUUCUCACACUCCCUAUUCACCAACGGAAAGGUUAUGGAAACCUCCUCAUCGACUUCUCGUACUUGCUCACGCGCAUUGAAGGCAAGACGGGCUCGCCGGAGAAGCCUCUAUCUGAUAUGGGGUUGGUUUCUUAUAGGAAUUACUGGCGUCUCAUUCUAUCUUACCAGUUGCGGAGUCAAAGGACGCCGCUUAGUAUUACCGAACUAUCUGAGCGGACCGGUAUGACCGCAGAUGACAUCGUGUCCGGUCUGGAAGCUUUGCGGGCGCUUGUCAGAGACCCGGUGACAAAGACUUACGCCUUGCGGCUUGACUAUCGAUAUUUUGAGGAGUGCAUCGCCAGCUGGGAAAGCAAAGGAUAUGUCCAGCUUAACCCCGACGCGCUCGUAUGGACACCUUACAUCAUGGGUCGGAGCAACCAAUCCCAGUUUGAUCGCGCCCCGUUACACGCCGUGGCACCCCGGGAGGGCCUGGAGGAUGAAGAAAGCGAGGAUGUGAAGGAGUCUGGAAACGAAGAAGAGCGACAGUCUCCAACAGAUGUUGGCGAGUCUAAGGAGGAUGGCUCUGGUCCUCCGACCACGAAUGGGACUGGCGACGUCGACUCCGAACAGCUUCCGACUGAGCCAGCUGGACCUCCUUCUACUGAUAUGCUCUCUAAUGUGAACGGCUUCCGUCAUCCGAAUACGGCGUCGGCGACCUCGAGCACACCGGCCGAGUCCAAUCCUGCUGGAGACGUCCCUGCCUGGAGAUUUGAGAUCUAUCCUCCAGUGCAAGCACCAUCCCAUAAGAAGCGUCCUGGCCGACCGUUCGGCAGCAAAUCCGCCAAGAUGGGCGGGACACCAGUUGCCGUUCGGACCAGUGGCCGCAAUACUCCCAGACGAGCAUCCGUUUUGACGUCCGUGACUCCUUCCGCAAAUCCAGCUAGUGUUCGGCGCGGCCGUAGCGCGAAACUGAUUGACUCCCCUGCGGUGGAUUCUACGAGCGCAGAGCCGGAUGGCAUUGAGAACGAGCCGUAUGAUGAUAUGGAGAAUACACCGGCAGAUGGGCCAGAUACGACGUCUCAGACCCAUGUGUCCACCGAACCCGAAUUGAGCGCCAAUCCAGCUGUCGGUGAGGACGAGCUGCCCACGUCCAAUGGCACUACGGAUCCGGAGAAUGAAGCAGCCGAGACGACUAAUGUCGAGCCUGUGACCCCUUCCAAAGGCAAGGGUGUGGAGGGGAAGCCCAAGCUCACCAAGUCGGUUAGCCGCAAGUCCUACGUGGAGAAGCUUGAGCUUAUGGUGCCUGCCGAGGACACCGCUCUAUCGGCGCACGAGAACGGCGUUGCAGACAAAGCCGAGCGCAACGGUACCGACGCGGACGGAGACGCUGUGAUGGAGACCUGAUCCUGCGACAUUGUCUAGGGUCUGGAGGUUUCGAAUGCAUUUCCAAAAGAUUUUACUAUUCACGAGGCAUUUCCCGGGGCGUUCUUUGCGAGUUACUGAUGUUGGGCGUGGGGUGUUUUUGUUUCUUGACUCUCAAGUCUGGCUUUGACUUUGCUUACGGGGAUACACUUCAUGACUUCACCUACUUGGCUUUGUCUCUUUCUGCCUCUACACGUCUAUUUGUUCUCUCUGCACAUUGUACUAAGCAAGGAGUGACGGGGUC